CUUCUUCGUCACGUAUUUUUCCUCAUCGGUCUCUCCCCACAGCCUUCAACCAUGCCAUCAACGUACCCGCAGUACGAUGAGGUAUCCCAAGAAGACCGGAUUGUCAACAAACAGUUAUCUGAUACCCUCAUUACAGAUCCACCAAAAUCAUCUGAAGAGCAGCCACAAGGCUUGACAAACAAGAUUGCGCUAGGCGAUCCUCCCUCAUCCCACGCAUCAGUUUCCCAUCCUAUUAGCUCCGAUGACCAGCAGGAAUAUGCGGCGCAAAGAAUACACUGGGCUUCACCAGCCAUGAUGAUGAUCUCGCUCCUUUGUGGGGUGGCGUUGACUGCCGGGCACCAUUACUACUACAGCACGUUGAAUGAUCAGGAAGCUGGGUCAUCGGAGCGACAGCAAUGGUCUCUAAGAUUCGGGAAUGCUUUUGCUGUGAGCGCGAGUCUGUGCCUGAAGACAGCGGUCGGCACCGCCUAUUUGCAAGUCCUUUGGAGACGUCUUAGCAAAAGCCACACAUCCGUACGCACUAUAAAUUCAGCUUUCGAUAUCCCGGGCAACGUCCUGUCUUUUUUCAAUCUCGAACUUUGGAAAAAGGUACAGAUCGGCGUGCUGCUCGCAUUCGUUCUAUGGUGUCUUCCUAUUUCGACGCUACUUGCCCCACCUACGUUAUCAGUUCGCCAGAAGCCAGUGUCCAGCUUUCAGAUGCUUCCAGUUCUCACGCUAGAUAUGAACAAUUCCGAACAGUUCGCGUCGCUGCGGACUGAUAGGGAUAUUGAAAUGGCUCCGACGCCUCAGCUUAAGAGACUUGCUGCUAUAGUAGCAUAUAGCGGAGAAAUUAUGCCCUUCGAAUCUCCUUCUUUAGCUGCAAAUGCAUCGUACCGAGUCACAGCAUAUGCGCCUCUGGUUCGAUGUCAAGCCGCCAACAGCACAGAACAGUUCCGGCUGCUAAAAGGUGCAUCUGACAUGGGAUUUGCACCUCAACUAACAGCAAAUAAUAGCGCAAAAUGGUCUUCCACUGCCAAGUUCAGAAGUGGUGAGAUUGGGUACUUGGCGGUAUACGAUGAAUAUGAUGACGUGACGAUGGGAGAGAAUUAUGAGGUUUUCCAACCUGUGAUCUUUCAGAAGAGGGUUCCGAUUUACGACAGUAUCUUGGUAGCGCUACAACGCAAAAACACCUCGUCCGAAUAUCAAUCGGAUACCGAAUAUAUAAGCUGUCAUCUUUGGAACAGUACGCUCGAGUUCUCAGUUAGCAUCAUAUUGGGAAGAUCGAAGGUAGAAAACGUCAAAACUACUUGGCACAACAGGAUCAAUGCCGAUAUCCGAAAUCACCCUGGAAACCCUUUUGGCUACCUGUAUUACUUUUUAACGGUUGCGAACUACGUGAUUGGGCGAGGACAAUAUUAUGCACAAGACUCUGAUAGAUCUUAUACCAACUUUACAAUGGCUGGAGAUGUAUUCGGAUCCACGCUAUCAUUCAACUCACAAUUCCGCGAUAUGGCCAUGGAAUUAGCCCUUCACUCCGGUUCCAACCUCACUCGACAGACAGUCAACCGUGAGACUGUUCGUAACACGAGUUUCGGCCAAGAUCUGGAGCAGCUCGCACUCAAUACUUCCAUCAGUCUGUUUACGGACUUGUAUUUCAGCAAAUACAAGUCCACCAACGUGACUUCGCAGACCACACUCACCGUGUACGCAUAUCAACCUCAAAAUCUUUUCAUAUCCUACGGCUUUGCUAUUCUGUUUUCCGCUUUCUCUGUCGGGCUUGGCUUGUACUCGAUGUACCGCAACGGCGCUAGUUACAAUGCUAGUUUCUCCAGCAUCGGUGUUGCCAUGCAGAAUGAGAAGGUCAUAAAGUUGCUCGAACAAGCCAACACGACUGCCGCGCAACCACUGAACAAGCAGGCGGGUACCAUCAGACUGAGAUUUCGCCCUCGAGAAGACUUUAUUGCUAAAGAUGUGCAAGAUCAUGAUCCUGAUGCAUAGUCGAAUCC